AUGCCGGUCGUGGCGCACCAGGGGCCCGUGCACCGCCCCCCCCCCCCUUUUCCCGUCGCCUUACGUGGCGACCCGGGGGGGGGGGGGGCGCGACCUGGGGGGGCGCGCGUCGCCCCUUCUUCCGCCUGCUCUGGCGCCCUGGGAGGCCGCGCAGGGCAGCAGGGCGCACGGGGCGCACAGGGCAGCAGGGCAGCAGGGCGCACGGGGCGCACAGGGCUGCAGGGCGCGCGGGGCGCACAGGGCAGCAGGGCAGCAGGGCGCACGGGGCGCACAGGGCAGCAGGGCGCGCGGGGCGCAGCAGGGCUGGCGGGUUGGCCACACCCGCCACCCCCAUACCCUCCCCCACUGCUGCACCCGCAGCAGAGAGAUGGGGGGGGGGGGGGCGGGGGGGGCAGGCAGGUGCUGCAGGUCCCCUCCCCCCACUGCCGCAUCCGCUCCAGGGGGAUGGCAGAUCCCCUCCCCCCCACUGCUGCACCCGCAGCAGGGGGAGGGAGAGGAGAAAAGGGCGGAGAGGAGGGGGGGGGGGGGCUGGUGCCGCAGAUCCCCUCCCCCCCCACUGCUGCACCCGCAGCAGGAGGGAGGUAG